AUGACACCGCCAGAGCUUGAGAGUGUCACUGAGGGGUCAAGAAGAGUCCCAAAGCAGGCUGCAAAACAAGACGCUUCUGAAUAUGGUCGACCGCAAGUACGAAAUAACGUCCGAAGACAUUAUGGCCAAGGUAGCAGAAGUCUAUGCUAGAUCCGGAUUCGAAAUUGACCCUUCGCUGGGUGUGAUACAAAUGCUGACGAACAUUGAGUCGAGGCUUGAAGAGAAUGUGAUCGCGCUGGAAGGGAUUCCUCAAGACUUCAUAGAACAAACGGAGAAGAGCCGGGAGAAGGAAAGGCGACUUAAAGUUCGUGCCGAGAGGCUGGAGAAAGUGAGGGAGGAGCAAGAAAGACGAGCAAUGAGGAGCUUAGAACGAGCACAGGUGAAACUUCUCUGUGUUUUUUCGGAAGAAGCUAACAGUGAUACUGCCAGGCUCCUGUUCACAAGAGAAUUGGAAAGCCAGUGAUGUUUCGAUCAUAUCUCAAGAAGAAAAAGAAGGAGAAAGUCGAGGAUUUGAGCAAAAGUGGAGACGAGAAGGACUUGCUGGACUUCCUGGCUCGAGCAUACUGAUAAGUUCUUGGUUUUCUCCGCGAGGUACUUGCCGUAAGAUUCCAUGGAAUCGUGAUUCGUGAGUGUAAGUAAGCCAAAAGAAAACGGCCCAAAACAUUGAAAUCGCCAUGCCAAUCACCGGAGCAUUCAAUUUCCCACCAUCUUUCUUUCUCACUCCUUUCGUUCCUUUUCUAUUUUCCCAGCUAGCUAACCAUCGCCACCAUUAACUCUUGCCAAUCAAUGGCGACCAUCGUCUCGUCGUCCUGAGCAAGAAGAGGGGUAUUGUCCGUCCGGAGAAGAAAGCGAGAGUGGUCGAAUUUUGGUUUCUCAUCCUCUCAUGGAGACCAUUCACGAAGUUUGCGAGGAAUCGUCUUCCCAGGCUGGAGAUGAAGAUAAUCUUCCGAGCGUCGACUUUGGUGCACGUAGAUCGGCAAUGGAGAACAGCUCUUGCAGCAGGUGCAAAGCUUUGGGAUCUCUCCAGUUCUUCAAGGUCUAUGCUGGUCACAGCCAUCUCGCGUUCCACAAGUGUUUAUUGGCUUCGAAGAGUGGAUACCUGUCGAGGGUCUUGAAGAAUUCUUCUCGGUUCAAGCUGCCCAUGGAUUUUCCAGGAGGAAUGGAAGUGUUUGAGGCGGUGGUAGGCUUGUGUGAGAGCAACACUGGCAGCAGGACCAAUGCCGCCACCAAAAAUCCGCUUUUGGAACCGUCCAACGUUGCCAUCCUCCACUGCGCGGCCGAGUACCUGGAAAUGAACAGCGGAGCAGGAAGCCUGUGUGAGACAACGAGCUUUCACCUCAACCAGGCACUCACAAGUUGGUCGGACUCCAUCCAAGUUCUCUCGAGUUGCUACUCCGGACAGCCCGAGUUGCUACAGCUCGCCGAGGAGCUCUUCAUCGUCCAAAGAUGCGUCGAGUCGCUGGCUUCGAUGGUUUGCAGCGAGUUUGAGCAGAGCUGGAUCAUGGGCAGCAGCAGAGUCACAGCCAGAUCGAAGCUCUGGAUCAAGGACUUGAUGCGAAUGCCUUUCAGGAUCUUCAGCCGGAUCAUCGUGAGUUGCACGAAGCAGGGACUCUCUCCCAAGAACACGAGCCAGCUGGUGGUCAAGUACGCAGAAAAAUGGCUCUUUUCUGAGAGCUGCUGCUCCGACUUUGACGAGAACGACGAGCAGCGAUCCCUGACCGACGAGCUCCUCCAGGAGAUGCUCGAUUGCAUCGCCCACCUCCUCCCAUUCGAGAGAGGCGCGGUGCCAAUCAGCUUCCUCUUCGCGCUGCUCAGAUACUCGGUCGCGAUCGAUGCCCCGCGCGACUGCCGCGUCCAGAUCGAGAGCCGGAUCGCCUGUCAGCUGGACCUGGCCACCAUCGAGGAUCUUCUCAUGCCUUUCAAAUCCGCCCGCCAGGCCCCGACGCUGCUGUGCGAGCUCGACAGCAUGAAGCACGUCGUCGCGCUCUUCAUGGCCCAGUGCCGGGCAGUGGAUUCGAGCACCGGACUGGCCAACUGGGAGCCCAUUGCCAACGUGGCUAGGGUGUGGGACGAGUACCUGACGGAGAUUGGAUAUUCUGGCAGCAUCACGCCGACGAAGUUCGCGGAGCUCAUUGAUGCCGUGCCCGGAUUCGUCCGCGUGUCCCACGACCAGCUCUACAAGGCCAUCCACGUCUUCCUCAAGGCGCAUCCCACGGCUUCCCAGUCGGAACGCUCGGCGAUUUGUCGGCCGUUGGAUUGCCAGAAGCUCUCCCAAGAGGUUUGCAUCCAUGCCGUCCAGAACGAGCUCAUGCCGCUGAGGACGAUCGUCCAAGCCAUGUUUGUCCAGCAGCACCACACGAGAAGAGAGAUGGAUCAUCAAUUCACGCGAGGCCCGACGCGAUCCACCAAGAACAAAGGCGUCGAUCAUCUCGAUCUCUACGAGCAUCAUCAAGCGGAAGGGGGAUGCGAGGAAAUCCUGCCGUUCCUCGCGAGCUUGAAGCGCGAGAGAGACGAUCACGACUUGAAAGCCAAUCUGGAGGUGACAAAUUCGAAGCUCGAGAGCCUGGAGCAGCAGCUCUUGAUGAUCCGGAGAGCCCUGGAAGAAUCGAGCCACAUUCCAGCGGCGGCAGCGGCGGAAAGAUCAAGUAGCGGCGGCGUUGGGCGAAAGAUCUCCAAGGCGAUCCACAAAGUAGGCCUCUUGAGCGGCCUCUGCAAGGGGAAUCCCCAGAUGAUCGUGGCGAUGAAUCCCGCGGAGCGAUGCUUUCCCAAUCGCAGUAUCAUCCACCCCGAGGACUAUCACCUGCUUGGCGGAGAAUCCAUCGCGCAAGCUCCUCCCCGGCGAUCUACAUCGUCCCGCGACGACGCCGCCACAGCAGCAGCAUCAAAUCCCCUCGCCAAGAACGCACAAUCCACAGCAAGGCGGCAUUCCCAUUCCCAUUCCUCCCAAUCUUCACGGUACUCCACGUCCUGACCAGGAGAAGCCCUAAAAACAGCAUGGUUAAAACCCUCAUAAAUAACUGCCUUGA